AUGGCACGAUUCUUUGGCACACUCGCGGACGUCAACAGGGCCACACAACCGUUUUUGACAUUAAGAGUAGUAAGCAUUCUUGAAUCGAAUUUCGAGCUGCAGUCCAAUAACAAUAUUCAAAUCCUGUUUCAUGAUGAACAUGGUUCACGCAUUAAUGCCAUCAUCCGUUCUCCAAGCGUUGGAUUAUAUCGAGAUGUUUUCAAAUUAGGCAAAGUUUAUGCCAUCCACAACUACAAUGUUGAAUUCAAUAAUCAGAGGAUCAAUACAACCGGCAACAGAUGGAUGCUUGUGCUUAAUUCAAGGACAAAAAUUUAUUCACGUGCGAUGGAAACUUUCCAUCAACAUUAG